CAUGAGUGUAUAUCAGGCAUAAAUGUGAUUUAUGUACAAGUGUAGGUCAGGCAUAAUAAUAUAUAUUAUGCAGUGUGAUUGGAUGGAGAAUGAGGUUAGAAGUGUUUGAGUAUUGAAUAAAAUGUCAAUUAAUCCAUGCGGUCGUUUAUUAAUUAAACCCGACAAUUAUUAACGAAAUUAAGUCAACGAGUUAACAAAAGUAUAUUAACUAGUUAACAUGGUGCCGAAAUAGUGGUUAUAACCAGUAAAUUAGAAAAUAAUGGUUGGAUAAAUAAAUUAUUAUAACAAAACUUAUAAAUUCUAUGUUAAAAGUGUUAUUCGAAAAUAUGUCUGAUCCUGAUUCUGGAGUAAACUUGCGGCCUCCGCCGCCUUUGCAAAUUUCAAAUAAAACCAAAAAUAUCUGCCAAAUAUGGAAACAGUGGAAAAAUUCUUUCGAAUGGUACGCAGAAGCAACGAAUUUAUCAAAAAAAAGUGCCAAAAAACAAGUUGCGACAUUUAUGACAGUUAUUGGACCUGAAGCUUUAGAAAUUUACGAUUCGUUGGAACUUUCGGAUGCGGAAAAAAAGGAUUUAAUAGUAAUUAUUGAAAAAUUUGAAAAAUAUUUUAUACCAAAACAAAACAAAACAUAUGAAAGAUUGCUUUUUAAUAAAAUGAUGCAAUCGCAGCAACAAACAUUUGAUGAAUUUUUGACUCUGAUUAUAAAUCAAGUGAAUAAAUGCCAAUUUGGCGCAUUAAAAGAUGAACUUUUGUGUGAUAAAAUUGUAGUGGGUAUUAUAAACGAUGAAGUUCGUAAAAAAUUAUUAUCUGAAGAUGAACUAAAGUACGAUAAAGCAGUUUCUAUAUGCAGAGCGGCAGAAUUAGCCGAAAAGCAUCUUUCAGAAAUGAAAAUUUCAGAACAACUACAAACACUACCAGUCAAUGAAAUUAGGAAAAAUAAUAUUCGUUCUAGUUCUGAUCAUACUACGGAAAAAUCGAACGACAAUUUUUUUUGUAGAAGAUGUAAUUCCAAACAUGGAAAACGCGCAUGUCCUGCGUAUGGUAAGAAGUGCCAAAAAUGCGGAGUUCCGGGGCACUUUAAAGAAACCUGCCGUACGCGACUACGAAAGGUAAAUACGGUUAGUGAAGAUAAUGAGAAUCAAAAUUCUUCAAUACGUUCAAGUUCUGAGGAAGAUAAUAUUUAUGUGGGGUCCAUUCAAAGUAAUAGUUGUGACAAAAAUGAUUGGAUAGAAAAAUUGAUACUUCCGAAAAACAAAACAGUAAAUUUUAAACUGGAUACGGGUGCUCAAGCCGAUAUUUUAACAAUGGACGAAGUAAAAAAAUCUAAGUUAAUAUUGAUAAAAUCUAAAGUUAAAUCACUCAUAUCAUAUAGUAACAAUAGAACGCCAGUAAUUGGGGAAACAAGCGUGGAAAUACGUACAAAAAGAGGACAAAAAGUUAUAUUAAAAUUCUUAGUUGUAGCCUCGGGACACCAGUGCAUUAUUGGGAAAAAUACAUGUGAAACUUUGGGGCUAGUGAAAAGAGUGGAAACCAUUAAAUACGACAGGGAUUUAUUCACCGGAAUUGGUUGUGCUACCAGUUAUGUUUAUGAUAUUGAUCUUAUAGAUAAUCCAUCGUUUAAAAUCUUUCCGCCAAGGAAAAUUCCAUUUUCAAUAAGAAAUGCAGUCAAAGAAGAGUUGGAAAAAAUGGUAAAAAAUAAAAUAAUAGCUCCAAUGACGGAACCAGCACAAGCAGUUUCCCCGAUGGUGGUAGUUUGGAAAAACAAUAAACCCAGAAUUUGUAUCGAUUUAACUGACGUAAACAAAAAUGUCAGACGUAGACAAUUUCCGCUUAAAACAAUAGAGGAAGUGGCGGUAAAACUACACAAUUCAUCAAUAUUUACGAAAUUAGAUUGUGCGAAAGGGUUUUGGCAAAUCCCAGUUACUGAUCGAACUUCGAAAUACUUGGGGAUAGCCACUCCGUGGGGUAGAUAUUGUAGUUUACGGCUACCAUUUGGAUUAGCAUCAGCUCCCGAAGUGUUUCAGUGUUGGAUGUCUUCGUUACUGGGCGAUUUAGAGGGAGUGGAAGUAGCCAUAGAUGAUAUAUUAAUACAUGCGUCGUGUGAAGCGGAAAUGGAAACGAUCACGAAAACAGUGCUAGAUAGAAUCAAAAAGGCUGGGCUAAAAUUAAAUCCGGACAAAUGCAUUUUUAACGUUCCUGUUGUUAAAUUUCUAGGACAUAUCGUAUCAAAACAUGGCCUAGGAAUUGAUGAAAAUAAAAUGAAAGCAAUCGACAAUCUAAAAAUUCCACAGAAUGUCAAGGAGCUGCAGAGGUAUAUUGGGAUGGUUACAUAUCUGUCAAAAUUUAUCAACAAUUUAUCAGAAUUGACAGCGCCUUUAAGAAAACUUCUAAUUAAAGACGUGGAGUGGUGUUGGGAAGCAGAGCAUACACAAGCUGUUAAUAAAAUCAAAGAUGCUAUUAAAACAGCCCCCAUAUUAAAACAUUAUAAUCCAAAUGAAAGUAUUACUCUGUCUGUUGAUGCCAGUAAACAUUCAGUAGGAGCUGUUUUGUUGCAAGGAGAUCGACCAGUUGCUUUUAGCUCCAAAGCGUUGACCACAAGUCAACUGAAUUAUAGCCAAAUUGAAAAAGAGGCUACGGCCAUUCUAGUUGGCUGUAAAAAAUAUCAUUCAUAUAUCUGGGGGAACCCAAAUUUGACUAUAGAGACGGAUCAUAAACCGCUAGAAGCAAUCGCUAAGAAACCGCUACAUUGUGCCCCAGCUCGGCUUCAGCGUAUACUUUUUGAAAUAAUGCCAUAUUGUCCGAAAAUUAAAUAUAAAAGAGGGACAGAUAUGGUUUUAGCUGAUAUUUUUAGCCGUGACGCUUAUUCUGAAAUAGAUCAAACAGAAAAUGAAAACGGAUCAAACAUCACAAUCCAUGUAAAUGUGCCGUUAUCAAAAUCCAGAUUAGAGCAGUUGAAAGAAGAAAUUCAAGAAGAUCCAACGUUGCCCAAGGUUAUAAAACUUAUUCAAGAAGGUUGGCCCAACAGCAAAGAAGAACUUCCUUUAGACGUUCAAGCAUAUUUUAGUUUUAAAGAAGAGUUAGGUUAUUAUGAAGGUUUGGUAGUAAAAGGAGGACAACUAGUCAUUCCCAAGAGCUUCCAAUCAAUAAUACUCAGAGAAAUACAUAGGAGUCACAAAGGAGUGGAAAGUUGUCUCCGCAUAGCUAGGGAAAAUGUCUUCUGGCCCAAGAUUAGCCAAGAUAUCAGUAAUUAUGUAAAAGCUUGUUCCAUUUGUCAAGCAAUACAAAAAGAUAAACCAAUGGAAAUCCUCACAGUAGAACCAGUUCCUAAUAGACCAUGGCAAAUUGUGGCAACCGAUUUGUUUUCUUUGAAUCAAAAAGAUUAUCUUGUAAUAGCAGAUAGCUAUUCGGGAUUUUUCGACUUCGUCUGUCUAAAAUCAACAACUACGUCGAUGGCCAUUAAUGCUAUAAAAAGAUGGUUUGCUACGUUUGGAAUCCCAGAUCAAUUAAACUCAGAUGGAGGUCCACAGUUUACAAGUCAAGAGUUCCAGAUAUUCAUGAAUCAAUGGAAUAUUAAGCACAGAAUAUCUAGCCCUCACUUUGCAAGAUCCAAUGGACUCGCAGAACGAUACGUUCAAGAAGGAAAAAUUUUACUUAAAAAAUGUAUAAAAGAAAACUCUGACAUAUAUCUGGCUCUAUUAAAUAAUCGUAAUACACCGAGAGGAAACAUCGGCUCUCCCGCUCAAAGAUUAAUGGGAAGAAAAACUAAAUCUCUGUUACCGUGCCCACCUCACGGUCUUCAGCCAAAAAUAAUAGAUCCGGCUGAAGUUUCAAAAGCUUUAAAUAAAUGGCAGACUGAACAUAAAGCUACGGCUGAUAAAGGUAAAACACCAAAUCAAAUAUUCGAGGUGGGGCAAAAAGUUUUGUGGAGAAGAGCUCCACGGGAUUGGACUCCGGCCGAAGUGAUAGACAAACAUCCUGUAUCGAAUUCUUACAUUAUCCAAACCCCGGAAGGAAUUAGAUAUCGUAGAAACUCGUGGUUUCUUAGACAAAAUCACACCAGUUCAAAUGUACCAGCUACAGAUAAUGCAAGUAGUCAAGAAUUAAAUAUGCAAGAUCUUAACAAUCAAGGCGAUCAACAAAGAGUAAGUGCGGAAGAAACCUUACCAACAAAGUUACCAAGCCAUAGAACGGCUAGUGGAAGAUUGAUUAAACCUCCUAGGAGGUUAGAUUUGUGAAUUUUAAAAUCAUAAAUUCAUGAUAAUUUAAGUGUAUGUUUUUUUUAACAAUAAUUUGUGCUAAGAAUUAUGUUUUAUGUUUUUUAUAAUUUUGUAACUAAUUUGUGUUAAAGAGGAGGAUGUCAGGCAUGAGUGUAUAUCAGGCAUAAAUGUGAUUUAUGUACAAGUGUAGGUCAGGCAUAAUAAUAUAUAUUAUGCAGUGUGAUUGGAUGGAGAAUGAGGUUAGAAGUGUUUGAGUAUUGAAUAAAAUGUCAAUUAAUCCA